AAUCAGGUCCUGAAGGUAUCAAUUCACUUGUAGCGAUCAUUGAAGCGAGUACUGGAUUUCCAGCAGCGCGAAGAAUUUUACUAAAGUAUCAAAUAUGAAAGUGUUUGUCGUGAUUUCGUCCUUGUUGGCUGUGGCCACUGCUGCGCCUUACGCCGUUGCGCCACAGGUCUAUGCGGCCGUUCCAGCUGCAACGAUCAUUGCGGCGGCCCCAGCGGAAAUUACCAGUCAGUUCCACGCCCAGGAUGGACUCGGCCAAUACACAUAUGGAUACAACGGAGGUCUCUCGGCCAAAACUGAAGCCAGAUCGCUGGAUGGUGUAACUCGUGGAGCUUACAGCUAUCUGGAUGCCGAGAACAAACUGCAAACUGUUUCGUACACCGCCGAUGCUGCCAAUGGAUUCCGUGCCCUGGCCAGCAAUCUGCCCAUUGCCCCCGUCGAAACUCGCGUUGCCCCUGAACCAGUUCAGGACACUCCUGAGGUUGCGAAGGCCAAGAUCGAACAUAUGGCUGCCUUCGAAGAAGUGAAACAGCGUAAUGCCUUCGCUGACAAAGCCGAAGAGGAAGUCGUUGUCGAUGCUGCUCCAAUUGCUCCAGUUGCCGCUGCCAUUGCUCCAAUCACCACCUACGCUGCGGCUGCUCCUGCCAUCGCCUUGGCUCCAGCUACCUCUGGCUUUGCUUACUCGACCUCGACCUUGAAGCACGAACCACUGGCCAUCACCUCGUACGCCGCUCCAGCCCCGGCCGCCGUUGAGAUCAAGACCCCAACCUCGUUCUCCUACUCGACCUACACCCCAACUGCCAUCCAGUACGCUGCUGCCCCAGCUCUCACCUACGCUGCCGCCCCCGCUUACGCCUACCAUCAUUAUGGUGCUCCCGCCUUCUACACGGCUGCCACCCACCAGAUCGCUGCCCCGGUAACCUUCGCUGCUCGCGCUCUGCCAGUCGCCUCGGCUCAAGCUCUUCCGGAACCCGUUCAGGACACCCCCGAAGUUGCCCAAGCUAAGGCUGAACAUUUUCAGGCUAUUGCUGAGGCUAAGGCCCGCAGCCAGCAGUAAAUCCGAGUCCAACCCAGUCCUUAAACGAAACCUGAUCUAGCUCAAACGGAAUAAUACCUCUAGGUUGAAUACUUGUAAAAAGAUUAACAAACUUGUUACAAAAAAAAACAACCAUUCCUCACGAGUCAUCUCAAAUAAACUAGGCAAAGAAGCGAGAAACAGUUUGCAGUGCAAAAAUGUACAAAAAAAAAAUCGCAAAAGUAUUAAUUCAAAUUCGGUGGAUGUUUUUGAUUGGGACAGUAUCACAUUGUUUUUGUGGAUGUUUUGUAUGAUAAAGAACAAUUUGUAAUAAAAUAUCUAGAAAUAUGUAAAUUUCAAAAUUCAAACAGUGCAAUGAACUUGCCGAAUAAGGGACAAAAUGUGCCAAAUAUAAUUUUAACCACGCUG